AUGCUUGCUGCUGCCUGCUGCUCCCCCAAGGAGGGGUUCUGGCCGUCAGUGGUGGUGCCGUCAGCAAGCACGAGUGCAGUGGCGUAUGGGGAGCACACAGGGCUGUCAGGCAACCUGCGCUACCAGCUGCUGUACGGACUUGACCGCAUGCUGCUGCAGCACUUCAACCACAUCUCCGUGGCUGUCCUCGGCACCACUGCUCUCAGGUGGGUGGGCGUCUCAGGUGCAGCAAUGUUCUAUUGGGCAAGCCGUAUGUGGCUGGGGAUGGACGGCGAGGUGCAGCAACAGGCCAAGGCAGAGCAGCAGGCAUACCGCCGCCCGUCCCGCUCCUCCGGUGCCGACUCCAAGACAAACUCGUUCCUGCAAUCACUUCCCUUUGGCAAGAUAACAGAUGAAGCACAGCCUAAAAAGAAGAAUGCUGCUAGGAGAGUCACUAAGGCUACGGCUGCAGGAGGGGCGGAGACCGGGGCUGAGGCGGGUGUGACGAGUGCAGAGGGGGCGGAGGAGAAGGUGCAAGGGAUGGGAGGUACAGCAGCUCGCACGACAGAGCGCAAGGUGAAGCGGAAGGUGUCAAUUGCUCAAUAG